GGUCAGGUUUAGCUCCCAAACGGCUGCCCUCAUUCGACCCCUUCCGCGAUAUUUGGCUCUCCCCUACAGUUUUUUUUUUUUUGAGGAAGCAACAUGUUUCCUUUCCUUCUAUUUCCCCUCUCCUCCCCUUUUCAAGGCCCAAAGAGAAACUAAGUGGAUACAAAGGUCCCACUCUCAUUGCAGCCAAUAAGUGGGUUGCGAGGGGAGGAGUUUAUGGCUGUGGGUUGCUUUGUGAAGCUCAAGUUCUUAGGGAAACCGUCUCUGGUAGUUGUGGUGCGUUCUAACCUUCGCUGCAUCUGUCACCACGGGAAAUGCUGCAGACUAUGGAAGUCGUCUGACUUGGGGAAAGAUCAGGUCGGGUUUUCUGAGGAUCAUGGGCAUUUAAAACAAAUCAGGAGGCCUUUUGGGAAAGCCGGAUUGGGGCGACUAAGAAAAUGACCCAUAUGUUAAACGCAGCCGCAAAUAGAGUGAAAUGGACCAGAUCUAGGACUGCUAAAAGGGCUGCCUGCCUGAUGGCUGCGGCAUAUGCUCUGAAAACCCUCUACCCCAUUAUAGGCAAACGUUUAAAGCAGCCCGACUGCAAGAAAAAUCAGGAGGAAAUUUGCCCGACUGCAGAGAACGGGGAGAAACUGCAUUGCACCGAGGGCUCUUGGAAGAAAGCUCCGGGAGUGAAUGCGGAUUUUUUCAAACAGCUUCUGCAGCUUCGGAAAAUUCUCUUCCCCAAACUUGUGACCACCGAAACAGGUUGGCUAUGCCUCCAUUCCGUGGCUUUAAUCUCGAGAACUUUUCUUUCUAUCUACGUGGCUGGUCUAGAUGGAAAAAUCGUGAAGAGCAUUGUGGAGAAAAAACCGGGCACUUUCAUCAUUAAAUUAAUCAAAUGGCUCAUGAUCGCAAUUCCUGCAACAUUCGUGAACAGUGCAAUAAGGUAUCUGGAGUGCAAGCUUGCUUUGGCUUUCAGAACUCGACUAGUAGACCAUGCCUAUGAGACCUAUUUCACCAAUCAGACUUACUACAAGGUGAUCAAUAUGGACGGGAGACUUGCCAACCCCGACCAGUCUCUUACUGAGGAUAUUAUGAUGUUCUCCCAAUCUAUCGCCCAUCUGUAUUCUAAUCUGACCAAACCCAUUUUGGAUGUGAUGCUGACUUCCUAUACUCUCAUCCAGACUGCUACAUCCAGAGGAGCGAGCCCAAUUGGGCCUACGUUGCUGGCAGGGCUUGUAGUGUAUGCUACUGCCAAAGUAUUGAAAACAUGCUCUCCCAAAUUUGGUAAAUUGGUGGCUGAAGAAGCUCACAGGAAGGGAUAUUUGCGGUAUGUGCACUCUCGAAUUAUAGCCAAUGUGGAAGAAAUUGCCUUUUAUAGAGGACAUAAGGUAGAAAUGAAACAACUGCAGAAAAGUUACAAGGCUUUAGCAGAGCAAAUGAAUCUCAUUUUAUCUAAACGUUUAUGGUACAUUAUGAUAGAGCAAUUCUUGAUGAAGUAUGUCUGGAGCAGCAGUGGACUAAUUAUGGUAGCUGUACCUAUUAUCACUGCAACUGGCUUUGCAGAUAGUGAUUUAGAGGAUGAUCAGAAACAAGCUAUGGUUAGUGAACGUACAGAAGCCUUUACCACGGCACGAAAUUUAUUGGCGUCUGGAGCAGAUGCCAUUGAAAGGAUCAUGUCUUCAUACAAAGAGAUCACUGAAUUAGCAGGCUAUACUGCUCGAGUGUACAAUAUGUUUUGGGUCUUUGAUGAAGUAAACAAAGGUAUUUAUAAAAGGACUACUUUUCAAGACACUGAAAAUCCUACGAGGAUUGGAGAUAAAAUAGAAUUACCUCUCAGUGAUACCUUGGAAAUCAAAGGAAAAGUUAUUGAUGUUGACCAUGGAAUUAUUUGUGAAAAUGUUCCAAUUAUAACACCAGCUGGUGAAGUGGUUGUUUCUAAGUUAAACUUCAAAGUACAAGAAGGAAUGCAUCUUCUGAUAACUGGUCCCAAUGGUUGUGGGAAAAGUUCUCUCUUCAGGAUUUUAAGUGGGCUAUGGCCUGUAUAUGAAGGAGUCCUCUAUAAACCCCCACCUCAGAAUAUGUUCUAUAUUCCACAAAGGCCCUACAUGUCUCUUGGAACUCUUCGAGAUCAAGUUAUUUACCCUGACUCAGUAGAAGAUAUGCAUGAAAAAGGAUAUAAAGACCAAGACUUGGAAUUCAUUCUCCACAAUGUCCAUCUCUAUCACAUUGUUCAGAGAGAAGGAGGGUGGGAUGCUGUCAUGGAUUGGAAAGAUGUACUCUCAGGAGGAGAGAAGCAGAGAAUGGGCAUGGCUCGGAUGUUCUAUCAUAAACCUAAAUAUGCACUGCUGGAUGAAUGCACUAGUGCAGUCAGCAUUGAUGUUGAAGGGAAGAUCUUUCAGGCUGCAAAAGGUGCUGGAAUAUCCUUGUUGUCAAUUACACACAGACCUUCUCUUUGGAAAUACCACACUCAUUUAUUACAGUUUGACGGAGAAGGAGGUUGGCGCUUUGAACAAUUGGAUACAGCUAUUCGUUUAUCAUUGAGUGAAGAAAAACAAAAACUGGAAUCCCAACUAGCUGGUAUUCCCAAGAUGCAACAGAGACUCAACGAACUAUGUGAAAUUUUGGGAGAAGAUUCAGUGCUGAAAACAAUCAGAAAAGAAAAAGAAACAUCUUAAUUUGUUCUGGUGUGUUCUGAAAUUUUUUGUGGUUGCUGUUGAAGACUUUAAUGAGCUCUGAGACACUAUUACAAUGCAUUCAUUGUGUUAACCUAAGAACAGUGGGAGAAAUCAGCCAAAAAUGAUUUAUGAGAUUUGAGCAUGGAGGAAGACUAUGUUUUGACCUUUGAGAAGAAAAUAAACAACUUCAUUGUGAGAAGAGUAACCACUCUGAUUUAUUCUAAUCUCUAAUGAAAGUCCAAUUCAUCAGCAAAAGGAGACUUUAUCAAUCUGGGUGAAUAUAGACAAGAUACCAGACUUUUGUGUCUACUUAAUGUGCCUAUUGUACUAAAUGAAUUUUCUCACAGACUUAAACAGCACAUGAUUAAGUUUGAAUUGUGUGUACAAAUGCAUAAGACAAAAAGUUUAUAUAGGAUUCCAGGCCAUUUAUACUUUGUUCUAAGUUUUAUAUUGUUUAUUAUUCCUACUGGCUGCUGAAAUUUCAAUAGAAAGAAAGCAAUUUAUUAAUGAAUGAUUAAAAACUCUGACUUAAAUCAUAAACAUGAAAGGAAUGAUAAAUAUCUUCAGUUGUUUAUGUAUAAUUUUAGGCUUUAAACAAUUAGAUGCAGGCAUGUAACAUACAUCCAUUUUUGUGGAAUUUCACAUCUCUUAGGAGCUCUUAAUUUCAAAUAGUGAAUGGCCAAAACAAAAAAAGGACAAUUCAAAAAAAAUGUUUGCUUUAAUCUGUUAUUUGCUUUGCAGCUGCAUGUAAUCAUAGUCCAGAAAUGCAAAACUUGUAGGUCUCUCUAAUAGAAAAGUCCCCAAAUUAUUUUUUCAUUAUAACAAAAAAUGGAAAUUCCAAUAAUAAUGGUAUGGAGACAAACAGAAAACCAUCUCUCCCCAAACAUAACUGGUUUUGAAAUGAAAGAAAAUUGGUCAAAGAAAGAAUUUGGAUUUUAUAACUUUAGUGUUAAUACCAUUGUUAAUGGUAUUAACCAAUAUUAAUACCAUAUAACAUUGAUGGAAAAUGGAAGUGCCAUUAGAAUUUAUUCAAUGAAAACAAGGAAAAACCGUUCUCAUCCUCACCUCUUGACUUCCUUCAAAUCUCAUAAAAUCUCAUUUAUCAAGAAGCCUUUCCAAAUUCCCUGUGAUUGCUAAGCUUUCCCUUUAUUGAUUAUCUCCGAUUUGCUCUUUAUACCUCUUGUUUAUACACUGUUGAUUGCAUGUUGUCUUCCACAUUAGAGUAUGAGCUCUUUGAGAGCAUGAAUGAUUAUGUGCUUUUAUUUGCAUUCCUGACACUUAGCACAGUGAUUGGCACAUAGUAGGCACUUACAUGCUUGUUGACUAUUACAUAAAAGCAAUAACGGCCUUCUUGAACCUUAGCAAAUAAGAGUAAUUAUGCAAUGAACGUUUUUGUGUUUUUUUUUUUUUGCAGUGAUCCAGGUACUAUACAAAACAACACCUAGGUGACAUAUAGGUUAAAAUAGUGUUGACAUGUAGCACUUCAAGUUUUACAAAGCACAUGGCAUAUAUGUCUUCUCUAGACAGUGAUAUAAGUAACAGUUUCAACUAUUUUUACCUCCUGAGAUGGCAGUAUUUGAGGUUUCUGAUGUUCGUGACACAAUGUUAACAGAGCAGAAAAGAAUUAGAACAAUUUAUAUUUGUAGCUUCCUCAGGUUCUAGUGAUACACAUAGGCAUUACCACCAUCUUUGCCUUCUUCGUUGUUAAAUUCCAAGUCAAGAUUCCUGAAAGAAAAAGGGAAUUAUUAGAAAAAGAAAAUAAUAAAAAGGCUUCACUUGGACUAGGAUAUCUCAUGAUUCUGUCUUCAGUUUCUUUUAAUUCUUAAAAGUUUAAUAAUUUCUAAGCCCUUUGUGUGACAAAGCAUACAAAAAUUGCAUACGUGAGUUAGCAUAUAUUUAGUGUUUAGCAUCAGGAUAAAGACUAUGGCCUAGGGAACUCCUGACUAAGGAAGUUUCCUGCACCAAUCCAGUACCUUCUCUGGCAACUUACAGUUUUUGACAGUUGCUUAGAACAUUUGCUCAGUGUCACAUAGCCAAAAAAUUUUAGAUGUGGGAAGUGAAACCAGAUUUUCUUGCCUCUAAGGGCAGCAUUCUAUUCACUAUGUUAUGCUGCCUCUCAUUUCAUGUAUAUGCUACCCUUAUGGAAAAAGCAAAGCUCUGAAUUAUUUGCCACAUGUAAGAUUGGAUUAGAUUUGAAUAAUGGCAUUUUUGUGGUGCAUUUACAAAUCAUUGUUGCCAAUUGAAGAUCACCCAUUAAAUCAUUAGGUUCUUUGAGAAACAUCCUUUGUUUCCUGUUUUCAAAGUUGUUUCCUAAUAGCAGGAAUCUUAUUAAAAUUUAAUUUUAUAACAUCAUUCAAGCUGUUUCCAUAAAGAUUCACUGUGAUAGAUCAUAUUUCUGCGUUCCUAUUAUGAUAUUCAAUGGAAAAAAGGAGAAAAAGACAGAAACCAAGCAGCCAUCUUUGGAUAGACCAAAGAAGAUAUUUGGAGAAGGGGGAAAACAUGUAAACAUUUUUAAUAAAACUACUCCUUGCACAUUGCCUAAAUGUUAAUUUUUUUGUCUCUCCAGUAAAGAAAACUUCCAUAAUGAAAUAUAGAUUUAGUUUUUAAAGAUCAUUUUUUAAAACUUACAGAUUGAAAAGUAAACUAUAUUCUACCAAAAUUCUACAAAUUCCCACAAUGUUUAGAGUUAUGCCAGGCAUGAUUUUAAAACAAUGUGUCUUCUGUAAAGAAUAACACAUGAAAUAAUUCUGAAUUAAUGUAAAUUAUGCCUUGAAAGUUAAGUAAGGUCACACUUAAUUGGUCACACUUUUUAUCAAAAUUAUUUCUAGUGUCAAAUUAAGUCCCUGCAAAUUAAGGCACAACUGAAGAUAAAAUUUUUAUUGGAAUCUUUAGUUCCAUGUAAAAUGUUAUAAUUAAGAAUAAGAUUAGCAUUAAAUAGGGAAUAAAAAAUGAAAACUGGUUGUAAUAAUUUCCUGAUCCAUUACCCCAGGAAAAUCAGGCAUUCAUUUCUUGAAUUAUAAACUGAUAUUGUCUUAGUGAAAAUUAAUGCGAUAAAUUUCACUUAAUGAUAUCAAAAAUUAUGUAGUUAAAUUAGAACUCUGUGUGAAUGCCUAACAUAGUGAUUUAACAUCACAACUUUCUUUUUAUGCUUAAUAGCUUGGGCAUAAGAAAACAAAAGCAUAAACAAAACAUACAUAAUUACAGGUAAGCUUUUAGUCAUAGGAGGAAAAUAGUAAAUUCUAUAGCUAAUUGAAUUAAAUGACUGGGUAGAGCUAUAUUGACACAGAAUUUUGUUUACAUAUUCUACAAUACAUGACCAUUGACACACAAAGCAGUUGACAUAGUAGGCACUAAAUAAAUGACCCCAUAUAUUUCCUUUGAUGAACUUACAUCUUUCUUACUUUGUUAUUCUUGUGGGGUUUUCAAAACUUCUAAAUUUUACUGGUUUAAUUUGAUUAGAUGUUGUUUUAAACUAGAUAUACUGAAUUUUAAAGGAUCAGAAGUACAGGUAUUUUAUUUACAAAAUAAUUACUUUCUAGCAAAACUAUAUGGAAAGUAAAUUUAUGUAAAGUGAGUUGUACUUCUCCUUUUGGUUCUCCAAUAUUAUAAAUUAUAGAUAUGUUCCCAUAGAAAAUUUCUUCAAAUUAUAGAUUUGAAAACUUUUUAGUGAAAAGAUGGCUAGCAGGUGAAUGUCCACCAUUCUAUGAAAAUUAGGAUUUCUAGUCCUAAUAAACAAUGGAUUUUUCUUUGCAAGAUUAUCUCUGUUUUAAGAUCAUCUACCAUUAGCAACUCUUCAAAUAUGAGCAUUUCUUUCCUGAGGUUGGGAAUCCUGUGCUCAUAUAACUCCCAUAAUUUUGUUCCUAUCUUUCUUUGAUUAGAAUUGUUACAGCAUGAAAUAGGUGGCAAUCAUACCAUAUUAUUCUACUUCAGUAAUUUCUACCUCUAAAGGGAAGAGAAUCAGCAUUUAUGUAGUGCCUACUAUGCGCCAUGUAACAUGCUUAGCACUUUUAGAAAUAUUAUCUCAUUUAAUCUUCACAACAACUUUUCAAGGUAUCUUAUUAUCUCCAUUUUACAGUUGAGGAAACUGAGGCACUAAAGGUCAUUUAGAUUUAUGCAGGGUUGCACAGUUCAUAUUUGAAUUCAGGUCUUCCUCACUACACACUCAGUGCUUUAUUUACUACACCCAAAGUUGCCUCUAAAUGAUAUUCCUGGAGUAUUCAUUAAGUUUAAAGCUUCUAACCAUGAAAAAUUAAUCAUUCUUUUUCAAUUCGGUAACUUCAAAUUUUCUUUUUUUUUUCUGGUUUGAUUCUACUUUUUAAAAAAAUUUUUAAACAUUGUUUCUUGGUUACAAAAAUCAUUUUAUUUCCCUCUCUGCCCUCCCCUACCCCUCCCAUAGCUGAUGCGCAAUUUGACUGGGUAUUGCCUGUGUUCUUGAUCAGAACCUCUUUCCAUGUUGGUAUUUGCAAUAGAAUGUUCAUUUGGAGUCUAUUUCCCCAUUCAUAUCUCCUUCGACCCAUGUCAUUAAGCUAUAGUUUUUCUUUAGUGUUUUUACUCCCACAGUUUUUCCUCUGGAUGUGAAUAGUGUUUUUUCUCCUCUAGGUUGUUCAGGGUCAUUGUAUUACCACCAAUGGAGGAGUCCCUUACCUUCGAUUGUACCACAAUGUAUCAGUCUCUGUGUACAAUGUUAUCCUGGUUCUGCUCCUCUCACUCUGCAUCACUUCCUGGAGGUUGUUCCAGUCUCUAUGGAAUUCCUCCACUUUAUUAUUCCUUUUAGCACAAAAGCAUUCCAUCACCAACAUAUACCACAAUUUGUUCAGCCAUUCCCCAAUUGAAGGGCAUCCCCUCAUUUUCCAAAUUUUUGCCACCACAAAGAGCACAGCUAUGAAUAUUCUUGUACAAGUCUUUUUCCUUAUUAUCUCUUUGGGGUACAAUCCCAGCAGUGCUAUGGCUGGAUCAAAGGGUAGACAGUCUUUUAUUGCCCUUUGGGCAUCGUUCCAAAUUGCCCUCCAGAAUGGUUGGAUCAAUUCACAACUCUACCAGCAGUGCAUUAAUGUUCCAACUUUGCCACAUCCCCUCCAGCAUUCAUUACUUUCCUUUGCUGUCAUGUUGGCCAAUCUGCUAGGUAUGAAGUGAUACCUUAGAUUGUUUUUAUUUGCAUUUCUUUGAUUAUAAGAGAUUUAGAACACUUUUUCAUGUGCUUAUUAAUAGUUGUGAUUUAUUUAACUGAAAAUUGCCUAUUCAUGUCCCUUACCCAUUUAUCAAUUGGAGAAUGGCUUGAUUUUUUUUAUAAUUGGUUUAGCUCUUUAUAAAUUUGAAUAAUUAGACCUUUGUCAGAGUUUUGUGUUAUGAAGAUUGUUUCCCAGUUUGUUAUUUCCCUUCUGAUUUUAGUUACAUUGGUUUUGUUUGUACAAAAACUUUUUAAUUUGAUGUAGUCAAAAUUAUUUAUUUUACAUUUUCUGACUCUUUCUAAGUCUUGUUUAGUUUUAAAAUCUUUCCUUUCCCAAAGAUCUGACAUGCAUACUAUUCUGUGUUCACCUAAUUUUCUUAUAGUUUCCUUCUUUAUGUUCAAGUCAUUCAUCCAUUCUGAGUUUAUCUUGGUGUAGGGUGUGAGGUGUUGAUCCAAGUCUAAUCUCUCCCACACUGUCUUCCAAUUUUCCCAGCAGUUUUUAUCAAGUAAUGGAUUUUUGUCCCAAAAGCUGGGAUCUUUGGGCUGAUCAUAGACUGUCUGGUUGAGGUCACUUACCCCAAGUCUAUUCCACUGAUCCUCCUUUCUGUCUCUUAGCCAGUACCAAAUUGUUUUGAUGACCACUCAAAUGUUCUUAAAUGAAGGAAAUCUCUAUUGUGAAAACUUUAAGGAGAUCCAACACCCUUGUUCUAAGAGUGCCAAGGUGGUACAGUAAAUAUAGCACUGGGCUUGGAAUCAAGAAGACUCCUCUUCCUGAGUUCAAAUUUGACCUCAGACACUUACUAGCUUUUCCCCCUGGGCAAGUCACUUAACCCUGUUUGCCUUAGUUCCUACUCUGUCAAAUGAGCGAGAGAAGGAAAUGGCAAAUCACUCCAGUAUGUCUUUGUCAAGAAAACUCCAAAUUGGGUCCUGGAGAGUCAGACAAGCCUGAAAAAAUGUCUGAGCAGCAAUAACAUGUUUUAAAAAACAAAAAAGUAUAACUCUCCAGUAUAUAAAAUUAUAUGUAUUUAACAUGUUUAAAAAUUAUUCAACCCACAAUUAGCUCAUUCUUCCUUCUCCAGUCUCUUGUAAAUAGUAAGAUAGAAGAGAUUUUUACUAGUACUUCCUUAUUGAAUUUUCAUAUUAUUUAAUAAAUAGACUAUGUAGUAGUAAGUAGCAUUUCCAUUUUAAACAUUAAAUAUUAUACUUCCUUUGCUACAUAAUUUAGUAAUAUUAUUUGAUUGAUAUCAUGUGAACUUCAAUUUUAUGCAUCUAGAUUGACUGGGAGUAGUCAUGACCUAAAUACAGAAAAAUUUGGUUAAUGCAAGUUGCUAAAUUAGACCUCUAUAGGAAAAAGGCUUAAGAAUGGUAUACAUACGGUUCCAGGGUGAUAAACACUGCCCAAUGGAUCAAGUCAAAAAUGUCUCUUUCAGCAGGCUAGCUUGCUUAGCAAAACCUAGCCAAAGUAGCAGAGAUCCAUAUAAAUGAGGACUGAAUAAACUGCUUUAAAUAGCAGAGCCAAAUUGACUUUUUACACAAGGUAUCUCCCAUUUCUAUGCCUUUGAAAUGGGUGUCCCCCAUGCCUGUAAUGCACCCCCUCUUUAUCUCUACCUCUUGGAAUCCCAAUGUUUCUUCAAAGCUUAUUCAUUCAAGCACCAUUUUCCCACUUGAUUCCCUUCAUCCCCCAGUUGUUAUGCUAUAUCUAUUUUGUAAGCAAGCACAAGUGAAUGCACGUAUAUAUGUAAGAUAUGUAUGUAUGUAUCUAUGUAUAUCUCACCUUAUUCGAUAGUAAACUCUUAGGGAGCAAGAACUGUUCAUUUUUAUCUUUGUGUUCCCAACAACCCAGCACAUAGCAAGCAAUAAAUAAAUAUUUGAAAAUAGCUUAAAUCCCCGGUAGUCAUUUUUAUUACAAGUAAUAGCAAUGACUUUUUAUAGUAAUGAAUGAAUGGAAACAAAAUGGAUACUUACUGAGAAAUUGUGCUAUAUGAAUAUGUGGCAUGAGGACCCUACUCCUAUUUUAUUGCAGUGUUUGAAGAGAUUGUCAUUACUUCCACGUCCUGUGGGUGGACUGGAUAGUGCUCUUAAAGAAAACAUGAGAAAAUGUGUUCUCAUGGACAAGACUGCUGGCCCUGGGCUGGAUGAUGUAAACCCCCUGACCAAGUUGUGAUACUUUUUCUGGUAUAUAUUAAUCAUUUUGAACAGAAUUGCCCAUGUUUUUUCCUAGAAAAAAAAAAGCUUAUUUUGGUUUGAAUCUGUUCAAUUAAGAUAAAAGUUUUUGAUGUUUUUCUCUUUCUCCAUCAAACAUAAAACUGUUCUUGUAAUUUGUAUGUUAAUUUAAAGGUAAUCCUUUGAUGAUACACUGAUAUUUUGGGGGUUUUAUUUUAAAUAUUUUUUAUAAUCAGCUCCAUUUCUGAUUUUAUGCCAUUCUACUUCCACCUGAGUGCAAUCCUUUAAAACUUGUGUCUUGGAUAUUAAACCAUAAUAUUUCCAAAAAGAAUGUUAAAAUGCCGGCCAUUGGUCAUAAAGCAAUAAGUGAAUUCAAUUCACCUAUAGAUAUAUUUGUUUAAACUGAUGAAACAAAUGAGUGUGUAUUUCAAUAUAGCAUGCUCAGAUGACAAUGAAAUGCUUAAAGUGAAUUAUGAUAGCUGAUUUUAAGCUAAAUUGAGUUUCUAACUGCCAUAAUUUACAAACUGGAAAUAUAAAAAUAGCCCAAAUCUUAUUAGUGUUGUGGAUUUUUUCAAAAUAUAAGAACAUAUCUUAAAAAUAGAUUCAAUAAAGUCACAUUUUUAUUGAA